AUUGGAAGGGUUUGUAUUAUAAUACUAUGAAGACUGUCGCGUCAGAGGGCUCUCAAGUGAACCACAAGACAUCGUUGUCAUCAGAGCAACCCUAUAGGCGGCGCUCGGGGGAACAGAGCAACCCUAGAAGAGAUCCUGGUGCCUCCUCGAGCACCAUCAGUCCUUAUGAUAAUAUAAUUAGGGAAUCGAGACUCAGGGACCGGACCCAAUUAGCGUACCAGUCUGAUUCGCCUCCUUUCGCUGACACCAGCAAGCCCCCCUAUAACAUCGCCUCUUGCGGUCUUCUCACUCGAAGCCUCGCAGUCAGUAUUGGGUUUGUGGUGGCUUUCUUCGUGGCAGCAUGUUGGAAGUCCCUGGGAGUCACUUGGAUCUACGACUCGUCAUUGAGUUACUCCCCCGUCAUCUCUUGUCCCAACAUGGCCCACUACUCGACCUACGCAUCCGAUGCUCCAGCGUGCCGUGUUACCGUCAAGAACUACUCCCUAUAUGAAUGGACGUUCUUCGACAAGUAUGGUGACGGCCUCAAGGCUGGUGACACGCAGUGUCAAGUUCCCUAUAUCGAUCAAGAUGCUUGGGCCAAGGCCGAGCAAGAUGGUACUCCUAUUAACAACAAGAUCCCUAUUCUAUGCGACUGGGACAUGUCCUGUGCCGAUGCGGUUCAGGAGCAACCCAACGGUCAGUGUGCAGUGGUAAUAUCGUCUCCUAUUACUGGUAUGACCUAUUUCACGCACCCCUGUUCUGAGCUCGAUUCGGAGUCUUUCUGUGAUGCCAAAUUCCAACUACAACCCGCUGAUAUGGUGGCAAUCCGCGGUGUGUUUCUUGGUAUGGCAUUUCUCGUCGUAUUGACUUGGGUCGUGGUCACCCCCCUAGGGCUAGGGGCCGCUGGUUUCGCCUCGAGAUGGUGGAGAGAAGGACGACUACGAAUGGGUGAAAGUCUCGUUCAGGAACGUAGGGCUUAUAGGGAGCAGAUCAUUGACCCUAUAUGGGAUAACUUCCACAACAACGCUCCGCCGUUACCGACUGAUUCAGCCACGGAUUUCGGCCCGCCUAUGAACGGCGGUAUGAGCGCAAGGAGUUCCCUUCAUAGUCAAGGGUCUGUGACCAGCACUAUGUAUGGUCAGAAAGGAGUGCUGCUUAGUACACCUAGAAGUGAGGCUCAGAAGGCACUGGAGAAAUCGUAUGGUUAUUUACCAAGAAACGAUGUACAGCCAGUGACGACUAUGGAUGAUAUUACUGUGAGUGCUGCUAGUGAUGCACGACACUAUAGGCAAUUCCUAUUCCCGAGGUUGGCGUUCAACUCUGGUAUGUGGGCCAGGAAGCUCCGCAAAUACCAGGCUUUGAAGGAAGAACGCCUUGCUGGUCAGAGGGAGGCUCAUGCGAAGUCGCUGCGAACUAUGGGCGUGUGUUUUGUUAUAUUCUGUUUCUGCGUUCUCAUCAUUUACGCGGCGCUUUGGAUACUCCCACAGAACCUCACUGGUGAGUUCGCAAUGGCAUUGGAUGUUUUCAAGGGAGAUGCCCCAGUGGGCAAGUUGAGUAGUUUCUUCUUCCUGCUGGCCUUUGGGGAUGUACUCUACGAAUGGAUUAUUCUGGUCACCACUUCCAUCACUGGUUUGUGUCGGGCUGUCCCUGGUGUUGGCAAUACUCCUCCGCUGCCUCGGUGGGCCUGGCAUGGGUCCAACAAGACCGCCUCAAGGAGUUCAUCCGGUUACUUUGAUGACGAAGAUGAGCUCGAGUGUGCAGAGAGCGGCUAUGUGCCGGGAAGCUCUACGUGUAUACUGUUGAUGGUCCAUCGAGCUUGUUUCACGGCUAAGUCGCGGAAAAUGUUCUUAGCCACUUUAAAGAGAGCGGUCUCGGUCGCAGUCAAUGAAGAUGAUGUUUUCGUGGUCGAUUAUGGCCACGAGUUAUGCCCUCAGGAUGAUACUGAAAUGGUCACUAAAGAGGCCUUUGCUGAUGUCCACUAUUUGUACGUACCGGAGGACUCGGAGGCUCUUGCAGGUUACUGGGCUAGUAAGUAUUGGAUCCCCUUCCUAUUCUCGAGAGAGAGAUGUGGUGAUUAUAUUUAUGCUCUAUUACUGCGCUCUGGUGAAAUGCUCCAUAAGAGCUUUCGUGUGCCGGAAAGAGAACUGUUGAAUAACCCCUAUGUGAAGGGCUUGGCGUUGGGAGAUCGGCCGAACUCGAUGGGUGUUGAAGGCUUCUAUUACGACAUGAUAGAUGCCAGCUGGUCAAGGGCCGAGACGUUGGUGUCGGGCUCGCUCACCCGCCCUAGUGGGCCUGUCAUUUGGGAAAGGAAUACUCUGGAAUUGGUCUUGGGCACGGCGAAGAACAAGAUCGAUCCCACGACACUAGGCGUUACGUUAUUGGAACAACGAGACAAGUCGAAGGUGAAGGACUGGCCGACUCUGCCGCAUGCUAGUAUCAAUUGCCGCGGACAUGACUACACUCGUACUGUUAUGGAGGGCGGUCUACCGCGACGAGUACUCUGUCUUUUGAGAGAGUUCUUCCUCCCUAGUGGUUGGUGCAGUUUCACGUCGUUGAUGCUGAAGCCUUUCUAUUUGGGUCAACUUCUUUUCAUUCUGUUUGACAUCCUACGUCCCUUUAUACUCGGUGGAAUGGUCGUAUAUGAUCCUCUGGGUUUCCUCGUCACUCUGUGUGCCGUGGCGGCUCUACUAUACAUCCAUGCGGGAAUCCAUCUGAUGGUCAGCUUUGGUAGUUGUACCUGUACCAGGUAAUAGAAUACAAUUUUUUCCGUUAUUUUUCACUUUCAGGAGUGGCGAAACUCAAGGGCGAGCCUGGGCCUCUUUCUGUGGUACGCUGAUGUCGUUUUUGCUGUAUCCUCUCACCAAGCUGAUGCACGAUAUCAUUUUCCGACCGUGCUCUAUGAUUUAUACGGUAAUGGAAUAUACCAGGUAUAAGUAUAGGAGCACUAUGACCAUAGUUACUCGCGAGGAUGUGUGUCGAGAUCUUCCUCCUAUCCCCCCUCACACAGAGGUUGAUUGGUAUACAGUUUGGUGGGCUGCUCUGGAUGAUACUACCAACACCAGGAAGGAAGUUGAGGUUGACGAAUCGAAGCAGUAGUAACUUUAUUAUCCCCCCGAGAACAAGUUCCUCCACGUGUACAAUAGUAUCGCCGUUUGUGCGCUGCUGGUGAGUGUUCAUGUUGGGUCAUCGAUUGCCGAGCUGUCCUUGUUGUUGUCCUUAUGUGUUUCUAUAUCCCUUCCCUGUGUGGAAUGGGGUUGUUCCCUCUUUGAGACGCUUUACGUUAUUACAAUAGUCUUGAUCACAGCAGCAGCAGUGGAGGACACCAUAGGCGUACUAGUGGAACAACUUCACCGUAACAGUUUCAUAUUACCAUACAGUUCCUUUUCCUUCCCCUUGGCGAGAG